GCGGCACCAAGAAGAACAAACAGACCAAACCCGUGCGAAUCUCCGCAGGGCCGCGCCAUACAACAGGAUCACAUCUCCAUCACAGCUUCCCUCUGCAUUUCUCCAAUUCAUCCUCACUCCACCCCCCCCCACAGACACCAUGAUGGACGACGAAGACGACGACUUCUACGACCCCGCCGACGCGGUGCCCGUCCCCCAUGACCAGAACGGCUCUCAGCAUCCCCCGGCGGACUCCAAAGCUCAGGACUCCAACGAUGGAGAAGAGGAGGAAAUCGAGGUGGAAGAAGAUGAGGAUGACUUCAACAUCAUCACCGAAGCGCCACCGGAUGCGCCCGCUCCAGAAGCUCCGCAUCCUCGUCACGCCAGCCUACGCGCCGAGUCGCAACGCCCGCCAUCCGCAGAUUCCUCCCCGCUUGCCAAAUCAAUAACACCGACCGCAACCCCGAAGGCCGAAGCUGUCACCCCGGUACCGGCCAGUGCACGGCCUUCGGUGCCUCAAAAGCCAGGUUCUGCCUACCCCCCCGUUCACGCGUCGAAUAUCGAUGUCCAUGCAAACCCCGUCCAUCCCACGACCGGAAAGCCAAUCAUGCUGACCGACAUGGAUUCCGAUUUCCCCGAGGACGAUAAGCCGUGGCGGCGACCAGGCUCCGACAUUACCGAUUAUUUCAAUUACGGGUUCGACGAGUUUACGUGGGCGAGCUAUGUGUUGAAGCAGCAGGAACUACGCAAGGAGAUUGGGGAUCAGAAGAGACAAUUGGACGAUAUGCAAUCGUUCUUAAGCAUGGGACUCCCGCCGAUGCCCGGCGGUCCUCCGCCAGGAGCGGGACCAGGGGCGCCUCAAGGCAACGCACCGCCUCCCAUGCCUGGCAUGCCUGGCAUGCCCGACAUGUCACCAGAUAUGAUGCAAGGCAUGCUAUCGAGCAUGAUGGCGCAAGGCCUCGACCCCUCGUCCAUGGAUCCCAUGUCGUUUAUGCAGCAUGCCCAGGCCAUGAUGGGCGGGCAAUCCGGCGCAGGCGGCGGACAGCAAGGUCAACCUGGGUUCGGUGGGCAGGGUGGUGGCCAGCCGCAAAUGGGAUACGGAGGCGGUUAUGGUGGGGGAGGAGGCGGUGGAGGCGCUACUGGCCUGGCAAGGCGCGCAUCUUUCCUUCGUAACAUCAAGAACCUUGCGCCUCUCAUGGACCGCGUCCUGGUCCAGCGCGUCAAGCCCGAGGCCAAGACCGCCUCCGGUAUCUUCCUCCCUGAGAGCAGCGUCAAGGAGCAGAACGAGGCCAAGGUCCUUGCCGUUGGCCCCGGUUUGGUUGACAAGAACGGCCAGCGUCUGCCCAUGAGCGUCGUCGCCGGUGACCGUGUCCUGAUCCCCCAGUUCGGUGGCAGCCCCGUCAAGGUUGGCGAGGAGGAGUACACCCUCUUCCGCGACCAUGAGCUCCUUGCCAAGAUCCGCGAGUAAAUUGGACUAGUCAAAUGGAGUUCAUUUUUUAGCUGUCAUGUUCACGGCUUAAGGCCGAACCACUUGUACUAUACCUCCCGCGCAAAACUAUGAGCUUCAACCGUACAAACUCCCCGGAACAACCAAAAAAAAAAACGAAAAGAAAACCACCACCAACAGGGUUAUAGGAGGGAUAUCUCAUCUCUCCUUCCAAUCUUGGGCUAACGUCUUGACCUGCAUUUAUUCUCGAAAGCGUGAAAUGACUGUUUUGCAUACCACACGAUGUACUUUAAAUAUACUAGCAACCAUCCUGUCCUACAUUGUCUGACGCGAUGAGGGCAAGUAAUCCGAUCUGAUAAUCUCCUCUCUACU